CCUCGCAGGUGUAAAGCAUCCGGUGACUGCCGGUACGCUUACCCCUUGACGUGUGACGCCCAGCCUCGCUGUCCCCACUCGUGCGCCAUUCUCUUGCCCUCUUCCUGCUCCAAACCCUCGCCAGCUCCGCCCAUGUCGCCCGCUUCUCCUUCAGAUUCCCGGCUCAAAUGGCGGAAGAGGAAGCGGGAUGCCAAUCCUAGGCGCCAGAAGCCACCUGAAGCCGAGGAAGAUGAGGAAGAGAACGAUGAGGAUGCCUCCGUCCCCGUCAGGGCAGAUGCGGAGGAGGACGGCCGUAGCUCUCCUCCCAUCCCCGCUGCAGCUGACCCCGUUCUCGACCUCAGAGUGUCUGAAGUCCUCUCCGACGGUGGCCAACGGAUCGCUGAUUUUCCCACCGCUUUUCGCCGCACUGUCAAUCGCCCUCACCCUUCUGUCCUCGCUCUUGUGGCCGCCGAGCGCUCCAACUCUGCCGCCCGUUCAUGGUCUCCUCCAUUAUUGGAGAACAUUUCUCACGGGCAGAUGCAGGCCCUCUCGGCAGUGCUCCCCGAUAAUCCUUCAUUGCAGCAGCCAGCGGACCUGGAUAAGCCCUCCACUUAUGUAUGCACACCACCGCCACUCAUGGAAGGGAAGGGCAUGGUAAAGCUGUUUGACAAGGAGCAGCUUCUCAUUGUUCCAAUGCACUCUGAUUGGUUUUCACGAAACACUGUCCACCGGCUGGAGAGACAAGUGGUGCCACACUUCUUCUCUGGAAAAUCCAGCGAUCACACCCAAGAGAAGUACAUAGGUCUUCGGAACACUAUAAUUUCCAAAUACUUGGAAAACCCAGGGAAGAGGCUUUCCUUUGCCGAUUGCCAAGCAUUAGUUCCAAACAACGACCUAUAUGAUCUUAGUCGGAUAGUGAGGUUUUUGGAUCAUUGGGGGAUCAUUAACUAUCUGGCUGCUUCUUCGGUCCACCGUGGCCUUAGGAUGGCUGGUUCCCUUCUCAGAGAGGAUGUCAACGGCGAGCUUCAACUUCAAACUGCACCUUUGAAGUCCAUAGACAGUUUAAUUUUGUUUGAUAGACCAAAAUGCAGCAUUAGACUAGAGGAUAUUGCUUUUUUCUCUCGUUCUGCACAAGAUUCAGAUGCCUUUAUUGGAGAUUUGGAUAGCAGAAUUAGGGAACGUAUUGCGGAGCAUACCUGCAAUUUCUGCUCUUGCCCUCUGACCAAAUUACACUAUCAAUCACAGAAGGAGAUUGAUAUAAUGCUGUGCUCCAACUGUUUCCAUGAUGCAAAAUUUGUUACCGGGCACUCAAGUUUGGAUUUUGUAAGAAUGGAUUCUGUAAAAGAUGAUUCAGAUCUUGAAGGGGAUAACUGGACAGACCAGGAAACUUUGCUGUUACUUGAGGCCAUGGAGAAAUAUAAUGACAACUGGAUUGAAAUUGCAGAAUACGUUGGUACCAAGUCCAAGGCACAAUGUAUUUUGCAUUUUCUUCGUCUUCCAAUGGAAAAUGGCCUAGUGGAAAGUAUUGAACUUCAACAUAUUCCAACAUCUGAUUUUGUUGAUAGACAAGAUUAUUUUAUUUCAUCUUCAAAUUCUAAUGGUAAAAUUUCAGGCAAUCAAGAUUUCAGCAGUGCCAAACCACUUCCAUUUAUUAAUUCCUCUAAUCCAGUCAUGUCUCUGGUAGCCUUCCUGACCUCUGCAAUUGGACCAAGGGUUGCUGCAGCCUGUGCAAGUGCAGCAUUAUCUGUCUUGACUAGAGAAGACUCAAGCAAUGGAUCUGAUAAUUUACAUGCUGAUGUUGAUACUCAUGCACCACAUGCAAGCUUCAGUCAGAAAGAUGGAACUGUAGAAGGACGAUUGCAACAUCCUAAAAAUGCUUCUACUUCGCUUGCUUCAGAACUCGUUGAACAAGCUACAAUGGCCGGCCUAUCUGCAGCUGCAGUGAAAGCAAAAUUAUUUGCAGAUCAAGAGGAACGUGAAAUUCAGAGGCUGGUUGCUACUAUUAUAAAUCAUCAGCUGAAGAGAUUGGAGUUGAAGCUAAAGCAGUUUGCAGAGCUAGAAACCUUACUGCUGAAGGAAUGUGAACAGUCUGAGAGGGUGCGACAGCGGCUUUCGACUGAGCGGAUUCGAAUGAUGUCCACCCGCUUUGGAGCCUCAUCGAACAAUGUACCAUCAGCUGGGGGAGCAGCAUCAGCAGCCCCUGUAGCAGCUCCUGCAGCCAUGGGCACUAAUCCAGCAACUGGGCAGCCACCCAUGGUGCCGGCAGGUGCACAGGCUUCCUUUGGCAACAGUCUUAAUGCUGGCCAUCGGCAGAUGCAGUUGAUGCAACGGCAGCAAAUGUUUGGGUUUGGACCCAGGUUGCCACUCUCUGCUAUCCACCCAGCUCCUGUCUCUCAGAAUCCUGGGUUCAACUCCGCAAUACCAAACAAUUCCACACCUAACCAUCAUCCACUGUCAAGAUCAUCGUCGUCAGGCAAUACUCGAAUAUAGUUUCAGAAUUAGUGCUUAGUUUAUGAAUAUUGUGGUUUAGUUGUCAGAGAAAUCCCUAUUAAAUACCUGGGUUCAACUCCAUGAUACCAAACAAUUCCGCCUCUAACCAUCACCAAUUGUUAAGAUCUUCAUCGUCAGGCAACAAUUGAAUAUAGUUUCAGAAUUAGUGCUAUCUGAUGAUAUGGUGUAUCAUUGCCGA